AUGAUGAUGAAGAACUUCAUUAGAAACAUGGCAACAACUGCCGCAAAGACUCCUAACCUCAAGACCUUCAAGAUCUACAGAUGGAACCCAGACACUCCAGACGUCAAGCCCCACAUGCAAUCCUACACCUUGGACAUGAACAAAACCGGGCCAAUGGUUCUUGAUGCUCUCUUGAAGAUCAAAAACGAACAUGACCCAACCUUGACCCUCAGAAGAUCCUGUAGAGAAGGUAUCUGUGGUUCCUGUGCUAUGAACAUUGGCGGUAGAAACACCUUGGCUUGUCUUUGUAAAAUCGACAAGGACUCGGGCAAGGACUUGAAAAUCUACCCUUUGCCUCACAUGUACAUUGUCAGAGACUUGGUUCCUGAUUUGACCUUGUUCUACAAACAGUACAAAUCCAUCCAACCUUAUUUACAAUCCGAUAAGCCAAUGCCUGAAAGAGAAAACCUUCAAUCCAUUGAAGACAGAAAGAAGUUGGACGGUUUAUACGAAUGUAUUCUUUGUGCUUGUUGUUCAACCUCUUGUCCUUCCUAUUGGUGGAAUCAACAAGAAUACCUUGGUCCUGCCGUCUUGAUGCAAGCUUACAGAUGGAUGGUGGAUUCCAGAGAUCAAGCAACCAAAAUGAGAAAGGACAUGCUACAAAACUCUAUGUCCUUGUACAGAUGUCACACCAUUAUGAACUGUUCUAAGACAUGUCCAAAGGGCUUGAACCCAGGUGGUGCCAUUGCUGAAAUCAAGAAAUCAAUGGCUCUUGAUGCUUAA